UAAAUAUAUAUGUCAUGUCCCUUCAAAUAAACCGCUAAAAGCCAUACGAUAUGAUAACCAUAACAAUGUCUUUAUAUCUUCACUUUCCAUGAUGACGUGCACUCGAAUCACUGCAAUCAAUCGCACCAACACGAAUCUCCACCUCUUCUUCACCCCUUUCACAAUCCAAUUCAAACCCUAGACCUCAUCAAUGGCGGCUUGUUUGGGUCCUCUAUCCGAAAUGCGCACCGUUCGCACGGUUCUCGAAGAACUGGACGAACAAAACCAACCGACCCGACCCGAAACACCGGAUUCAAACCCUAAUUCAACCGCCUCAACCUCCACAUCAAUCAUGGUGAUGCGGCAUAAGGUGGAGAGAAUCUUUCCGGUUUAUGCGAGGGGUGGGUUGUCUCCAAGAUCCGACCCGGUUGGUUAUUCGGGUUCGGUUGUGGGUGAUUCCAUUUGGGAUGCUGUUAGAUUAGAAGCAAAGGCUGAGGCAGAGAAUGAACCGAUUUUAAGCAGCUUCUUAUAUGCCAGCAUACUGUCACAUGAUUGUUUAGAGCGAGCAUUGGGAUUUAUUAUCGCUAACCGGCUUCAAAAUAAUACUUUAUUAGAAACCCAGUUGAUGGAUAUAUUUUGUGAUGUAUUGGUUCAAAACCGAGGCAUCAAACGGGCAUUACGCAUGGAUCUACAGGCAUUUAAAGAAAGAGAUCCGUCAUGCUUGUCUUAUUGCUCCGCUCUUUUAUACCUAAAGGGUUACCAUUCUUUACAAACGCAUCGAGUAGCACAUGCAUUGUGGAACCAAGGACGCAAGGUGUUGGCUCUUGCACUACAAAGUCGAGUCAGUGAGGUGUUUGGAGUCGAUAUACAUCCAGCUGCCAAAAUCGGGGAGGGGAUAUUAUUGGAUCAUGGAACGGGCUUGGUUAUUGGAGAAACUGCUGUUAUUGGAGAUAGAGUUUCACUAAUGCAGGGUGUAACCUUGGGAGGGAGUGGGAAAGAAACGGGGGACCGACAUCCAAAAGUUGGUGAAGGUGCGCUGAUUGGAGCUAGUGUGACCGUACUUGGGAAUAUUAAAAUCGGUGAAGGUGCAAUGAUAGCUUCAGGUUCCCUUGUUCUUAAGGAUGUUCCUCAACACAGUAUGGCUGCAGGAAUACCAGCCAAGGUGAUUGGUUAUGUAAAAGAGGAAGUUCCAUCUUUAACAAUGAAACAUGAUGCAAGCAAAGACUUCUUUGAGCACGUAGCCAUAGGUUACGAGGGAAGAUCUAAUGGCGAGGAUGCUGCUUAACCAUUUUAAUGUCUUUAAACGUGCAACCGUAGGUUGCCAAGGAAGUUCCAUAGGAAGACUACUCGAUAUAACCAAUAUAUUCUCAAAGUUAUAGUGUAUUACUGAAAUAAGUAGAAGUUAUUUAUUGUUACUCGAUAGCUUGCAUCAUUUCCCGACAUAGCAUAACAUAUGAAUCGUUCUCCUGACUGCAUUUUCGCUUACAUGACUACAACUCUGGCGACAAAUGAGGUAUGCAGUUGUGCUUUAGCUAAAGAUCCUGAUGAAUAUGUAUCAAGAAUGCCAAGCAGCUGCUUUUAUGUUUGAUGAAGAGGGGAUUUUAGUACUGAGACCGCAAACAACUGUGAGUUUUUUUUUUUUAUCUCGAAUCAAGGUUGAUCAAGUUGAAGUUAUCGAGUGAGUACGAUUACACAAACGAGUCGGGAUUUGGAAUAAUAAGAUAUUGGCUCGAAUUCUUAGUGAGGUAUAUGAGCCAUGCAUGUAAUGUUAGAAUAAAUUUUGGCCAAGCUUGAAUAAGAUUUGCUUUAUAGUAGUUAUGGUUA